AUGGUACCAGGUGAAGACUCUUCAUUAAUUGCCCAUAGAGGAGGCGAUAGCGGAUACAAUACAGUGGAAUCCUUGAAAAAGGAUGGGGAAACGAGCUUAGAGUAUGAGUUCUGGUAUAUGACUAAGACCUCCAUCCCAUUAAUCAUUACGUUUCUCUUGCAAUGUUCAUUAUCGUCCUCAGCUUUGGUUUUCGCUGGAAGGGUUGGGACUUUAGAAGUUGGAGGGAUUUCGAUCGGAAAUGUCACUUUCGCGGUCACUUCGGCUAUAUUUAUCGGUAUUGCAACAUGUUUGGAUACGGUUUGUCCUCAAGCGUAUGGUGCAGGUAAGUACAACAUGGUGGGACUGUAUUUCCAAAGAGGUGUUGCCAUUUCUUUCCUAUUUGCCGUUCCGGUAAUUGCAUUUUGGUAUAAUUCAGAGUACGUUUUAUCGUUUCUAGUGGAGGACGCUGACGUUGUCCAUAUCGCCGCUGUUUAUUUGCGUAUCAUGAUUCUUAGUCUUCCCGGCUAUAUCAUAUUCGAAUGUGGUAAGAAGUACUUACAAGCUCAGGGAGAUUUCGUAACUGGACAAAACAUUCUGUUUGUCUGUGCACCAUUGAACAUAUUGUUGAAUUAUUUAUUUGUUCUAAAGUACAAAUUUGGCUACAUCGGAUCUCCAAUUUCUAUGGUGCUGUCUUAUACUCUUAUGGGGCUCACAAUUGUUGCAUACAUCUGUCGUCAAAUAUAUUUUGGUAAUUCUUCCUGCUGGCAUCCGAUAACUGGGAAUUUCUCGGCAAUUUUCAAGAAUUGGGGUCCCCUUAUUGCUUUAGCGCUACCAGGUUUGAUCAUGAUCGAAGCUGAGUUUUUUGCUUUCGAGAUCAUCACUGUUUUAAGCGCGAAAUUCGGAACGGAAGUCUUAGCUGCACAAAGUAUUGUAGCGACCUUACAAACGUUUUUCUUCCAAUUACCCUUCAGCUGCAGUGUGGCUGCUUCCAAUAGAAUUGCCUAUCACAUUGGUUCUGGAAUCACGGAAAACUGCAAGACAGCGACGAAAGCAACUAUGUUUGGGGUUGGUCCUGCUGCAGGAAUAAUAAAUUUCACAGUGUUGUACUUCGGUCGUUACAAGUUAUGUUCUUUGUUUAAUGCGGACCCGGUUUUGGUAAAUAAAGCUGCAGGAUUACUCUGUGUCGUCGCAUUAAAUCAAAUAUAUGAUUGCUUCAAUGUCAUGGCUGCAGGUGUCUUGAGAGCUCAGGGAAGACAACGAAUCGGUGGGUAUUUAAACAUAAUGGCGUACUAUCUAGUUGGGCUUGAAGUCGGUAUUUUAUUAGCGUUCAAAUUCAAAAUGGAAGUGCUCGGGUUCUGGAUAGGUAUCGGGGUAGGUGUCCUCUUCCUAGCUAUUGGCGAGAACUAUUUCGUUUACAUAUCAAACUGGAGAAAUAUUAUUAGCAAAUCGCAAGACCUACGCCAUGAAGCGUGA